AGCAUAUUUAAAAUUAGUUUCAACGACGAGUAUUCCUCGACUCUUGAAGGUCAUCCUGUAGCUAUUCCUAUUUAAAAAUCACAGCAAAGCACAGCCAUAACCUUCUUUCUAACGCACAAUUCCUUUCAGUUUUCAAUUUCAAACUGAAGAAAAACAGCUUGCUUUCAUGGUAUCAAAAAUAAUCCAGCUGAAUUUAUUACAGUUGUUAAGGUGGUCUAUUUGAUAUGUCUGAUUCAAAAACAAGCCAAGGUGGCGGUGCUGGAAAGACCCAGACUCGAAAUCUUCCAUCAUGGAUGAGUUCAAGAGAGAAUGAAAGUAAAUCCCAUGGAAACAAGUCCAAUGAUGCUAAAGGACAUGAUAAGGGGCAUGCUUCUAGUUCUAACAACACCAACUUUUCCAAACUUUUGGAAGGGGUGGUCUUUGUAUUGUCAGGAUUUGUUAAUCCGGAACGUAGUACAUUGCGUUCCCAGGCUUUGGCAAUGGGAGCUGAAUAUCUGCCUGACUGGAAUUCAAAUUGCACGCUUUUGGUAUGUGCUUUUCAAAAUACCCCGAAGUUUCGACAAGUUGAAGCUGAUUGUGGAACAAUUAUAUCAAAGGAAUGGAUAUUAGAAUGUUAUGCACAGAAAAAGCUUGUCGAUAUUGAUCCUUACCUCAUGCAUGCUGGGAAACCUUGGCGAAGAAGUAGCAUUUCUCAUGAAACUAGUGAAGGGGUGCUUGCAGAAAAACAAGGAUCGUCAUUAACAAAAUCUUACAAGAAGGUUGAAGAAACACAAUCAAAGACAACUUCUGGUCCCUCCAAGAAUAAAGUAUCUCAGCUUGCACAGGACAGAUUUUCUCCUCCUAAAGUGAAGAAGUGGGUAAUGGAUGAUUUUAAUGAAACUAUUUCAUGGCUGGAGAGUCAAGAGGAAAAGCCAGAACCGCAGGAGAUAAAGCAAGUAGCUGGAGAAGGGAUCUUAACUUGUUUGCAAGAUGCCAUAGAUUGUCUUGCGCAAAAGCAGGAUGUGCAGCAAAUUACCGAGCAGUGGAGCUUCAUCCCUCGUGUGGUCAAGGAGCUUGCCAUCUUUGAUGGCAGUAACCAUGGCUCACUCACCAAGGAAGAUCUUUUGAGAGAGGCCAAGGUAUGCAAGCAAAUAUACGAGGAUGAACUAAGCCGGAUAAACAGUGGUUCUUUGAAAAGAAAAAGGCCAAAGACUGAUGGAGGUGAAGAAGGCAACAAGGUUGAAACCAAAGCCAUUUUUGCAUCAGGUUAUGACAGUGAUGAAACAAUCAAGAUGACGGAGGAAGAAAUCGAGCUUGCUUAUAAAAAUUUCAGUUCUGGAACUUUGUAACUUGAGUUUUAUGACGAUGGGCUGAAAACACUGGUUUUAUGAUAUAAGCUAGUUUGACUUUAGGCCUAUGCAUUACAGUACAAAGUUGUCAUUGCCAUUUCCUCUGAGCUUUUAGGAAACUAUAGGAUGCUUGUUCUCUAAGUUUACAACUAACUCAGGCAAGCAUGAUUUUGCUUUAUUUAUUUUGUGUUAGUCUUACAUCUGUCCUCGAAAUUCUGAACAUGUUCGUGAACAGACAUGGAAUGUUCAACGGAAAAAUUUUUAGCAGAAAUUAAUAGGAUGUUUUUCACUCUAUUAUUAUCUA